AUGAAGAUCCUCAUCAAGUCCCUAGCCGGUGGCAACUUCCACCUCGACGCCGAGCUCACCGACACCAUCGGAACCAUCAAGUCCAAGAUCCAAAAGGAGCAAGGCCACGCACCCGAGCUUCAAAAGAUCAUCUUUUCGGGCAAGAUCCUGACCGAUGACAAGACCGUAGCCGACUGCAAUAUCAAAGAGAAGGAUUUCCUCGUGGUGAUGGUGUCCAAGCCAAAGGCGCCCAAGCCGGCUGCUGCUGCACCUGCUACACCUGCUGCGUCCAGCUCAGCCGCCGUCACUGUUGCUGACAAGCCUGCCGAAGCUGCUGCACCUCCCGCUGCUGCUGCGGACGCGACCAAGUCCGAGGCGCCUGCCGCAUCCACCGCGGAUCCAUCCAGCACCGCCACUGCACCAACCACGACCGAAUCCGCCACAGCAUCCUCUACCACCGAAUCUCAGCAGCCAUCAGGUACCUCGGGCAGCUUCUUGACCGGAGGUGUGCUCGAAUCCGCCAUGCAGAGCAUGAUGGAAAUGGGCUUCGAGCGCGAUCAGGUGCAACGAGCUAUGCGAGCCGCUUUCAACAACCCAGACCGCGCCGUAGAGUACCUCAUGACGGGCAUCCCUGAACAUCUUACGAAUCCUCCUCCACAAGCCGCUUCCAGUGAAGGUCAGCAAACCCCAGCCGCCGCUGGCGGAGCGGCAGCACCUGCUACUCCUGCUGCACCCGCUGCUGGUGCCGGUGCUGCUGCCAGGGUUCCAGCUACACCAGCGACGCCGAGUCCCGCAGGAAGGUCGGGCAACCUGUUCGAGGCUGCGGCCGCUGCGCAGCAGGCAGGGCGCAGUGGUGGAACCAUUGGCGGUGGUGCACGCGGCGGUGCGGCUGGUGCUGGAGCAGGUGCAGGUGGAGCAGCCAGCUUGCUAGGCGAAGACGACGGUAGCGGCGAACAAGUCAUCGACCUCGGAAACCCGGCCAUGCUAGCGCAGUUGCAACAGCUCGUUCAGCAGAACCCGGCGGCGCUCCAACCUCUGGUGCAGGCCAUCGCCCAGUCCAACCCGCAGCUCGCCGAAGCCAUGAACAACGAUCCGCAGGGCGUGCUCUCGCUGCUCGCCGGUGGAGCUGCUGCCGGCGCUGGAGAGGAGAUGGAGCUGCCGACGUUGGCAGAGCUCGACGACGCGGAUCGCACCAGCGUCGAGCAGAUUGUCGCCAUGGGCAUCCCCGAGGCAAAGGCGAUCGAGAGCUACUUCAUGUGCGGCAAGAACGUCGAGAUGGCGGUCCAGUAUUACUUUGAGAACCCGCAGGAUUUCGAGGAUUAG